AUGAUCGUCAAAAAUCGUUUACCAGUCAAUCAUACAUCUUUACCUGCAGUUUCACAAAAUAGUGAAUCUAAGGCGAGAGACACAAACUCGCGAGUUGAACUGGUACAUUUUGCCGAUAACGAAAAUCCGCCUAUCAAGAAAAAAGCGACUGGGCCUGAUUAUAAUUACUCGAAUGAAUUAAGAGAUAAUGUUAUAGUCAAACCAUCUAUAAACGAAAAAGUUAACGGUAUCUCCCAAACACCCUUACGGGUGAUUGUGGCAGACAUGAUUAUAGAUCUUCCACCCAGCGCAUUGGAAAAUAUUGGAUCGGGUAUAAAAAAUUUUCUUAACGGUGUUUGUAUGCACGAGCUAGAGCAAUUUGAGGGACUUGUUCUAUCUUAUAAUAACAUCGAAUUUUGUGAUAACGGCGGUAUUAUAUUCGAAGAUUCCCCGUAUACGCACUUUUUCAUUCGUGCAGAAUUUCUGGUAUAUAAUGCAUCAGCCGGGUACAGAUUAUUUGGAAAAGUUGCAAAUCAAUCGCUUUCACAUAUACAUCUUUGCCUUUAUGGUCAAUUCUAUGUCAAAGUCCCUCGUCAUCUUAUCCCCCUUGAUGUAUUCUUGUGGAAGGAUAAUGAUGAGUUUUAUGAUGCAAUGUUUCUUGAUCAACAACUCAACCUAGAUAGAAUGUACGCUGAGGGUCAAUGGGUCUUUUCCGACACUGGGGCAAUCAUCAGAGAAGAUUCUUGGCUUGAAUUUGAAGUGAUGGGGGCUGACACGAAUAAUGGACAAUUAUAUCUUAUUGGUUCACUCCUUCACUAUAGUAAGAAUAAUUAUGAUCAAGAUAAUGCGAGUUGUCUUUCUUUGAAAGUAAAGGGGAAAAAAAAGGCUACUUCUGAGGAUGUUAAUCAAAAUAUACAUACAGAUAAGCCUCAAGAUUAUCUAAUAUGA